AUGGUCCGUCUUUCUGCCGUUGCCGCCGUUGCGGCUGCCACUCUCGUUGUCGCCCACCCCGGCGAGCACCACGACCACGCCAAGGUCAAGCGCGAGGUUUUUGCUCGCGAUGCUCUCGCUGCCAGGCAUGGCAACUCCCUCUCCAAGUGCGCUGGUUCGCUGAAGGCGAGGGCUCUCCAGGAGCGCGCUGUCGCCCGCCGCGCUGCCACCGCUGAGCGUCUCCGCAAGGAGCGUGGCAUCAACAAGAAGAUCAAGCACCGCCGUGACCUUGCUGCGCUGCAGGAGUUUGAGACUGUCGACCACAACAAGACUGGUGUUGUCGGUCCUUCGUUUGUUGCCAGCUCUUACUUCACUGGCAACACCAGCUGCAUCAUGACCCCUGAGAACACCAUCGGUCCUUACUAUGUCCUUGGCGAGCUGAUACGCCGCGAUGUUACUGAGGGACAGCCCGGUGUUCCUCUCCACUUGGACCUCCAGUUCGUUGACGUCAACACCUGCGAGCCGGUGCCGAACCUUUUCAUCGAUAUUUGGGCCGCCAACGCCACUGGUACGUACUCCGGUAUCGACGUCUCCAACGGUCAGGGUGGCUUGAACUCCACUUUCCUCCGCGGUGUCCAGGACACCGACGACGAGGGUGUUGCUCAGUUCGACACCAUCUUCCCCGGCCACUACGAGGGCCGCGCCACUCACGAGCACGUUGUCGCUCACGUCAACGCCUCGGCCGCCGCCAACGGCACCAUGAUCGGUGGCACCGUCGCCCACAUCGGCCAGCUCUUCUUCGACGAGGACCUCCGCAGCGCUGUCGAGGCCACCUACCCCUACAACACCAACACUGAGGAGCCUGUCACCAACGACGAUGAUAUGUGGGCUCCUUACCAGGCGGACAACAACUACGACCCCUUCCCGGAGUUCAUUUACUUGAACAGCGAGGACAUCACCGAUGGUCUCCUUGCCUGGAUCUCCAUUGGCAUUGAUGUCAAUGCUGACCGCGACUCCAAUGCCACGGCUGCCGCCUACCUUGCGGCCGACGGUGGCCACAGCACCGGCAACACUGUCGGCGGCGGUGGUGACGGCGCUAUGCCCAGCGGCGCUAUGCCCAGUGGUGCUAUGCCCAGCGGUGCCAUGCCUAGCGGCGCUGCCCCCAGCGGUACUGCCUCAAAGCGCUCUUGGUUCGCCUCGAAGAUGUUCAACGGUGCCGCCCGCCUCAUCUAG